CUUCACCAUUACACCUCCUUCCUUAGAAAAUUAACCAAAAUCCAUUUAUUCCAUAUUAGAGGAAAAAGCAAGAGAAAUCAUGGCCACGGAUAAAGUGGUUGAGGCAGUGAUAGUAGGAAACUAUGUAGAAAUGGAGACAGAAGGGAAGCCUAAGGGCAUGAAAUCCAAGCUUUCCAAGUUUUUAUGGCAUGGUGGUUCUGCUUAUGAUGCCUGGUUUAGCUGUGCUUCAAAUCAGGUGGCUCAGGUGUUACUAACAUUGCCAUACUCAUUUUCCCAGCUGGGGAUGGUAUCAGGCAUCCUGUUUCAGCUUUUCUACGGAUUGUUGGGUAGCUGGACAGCUUAUCUCAUAAGCAUACUCUAUGUAGAAUACAGAACAAGAAAAGAAAGAGAAAAAGUUGAUUUCAGGAACCAUGUCAUCCAGUGGUUUGAAGUCCUUGAUGGCCUCCUCGGCAAACACUGGAGGAACGUGGGUUUGGCAUUUAACUGCACUUUUCUUCUGUUUGGAUCUGUCAUUCAACUAAUAGCCUGUGCAAGCAAUAUAUAUUACAUAAAUGAUAAUCUGGACAAGAGGACUUGGACGUACAUCUUCGGAGCUUGUUGUGCCACCACUGUCUUUAUUCCAUCAUUUCACAAUUACAGAAUCUGGUCAUUUCUUGGUCUCUUGAUGACCACCUACACUGCAUGGUAUCUUACUGUUGCCUCCCUGCUCCAUGGCCAGGUUGAAGGGGUUAAGCAUUCUGGACCUACCAAGCUGGUGUUGUAUUUCACAGGCGCCACAAACAUCCUCUACACAUUCGGAGGACAUGCUGUUACUGUGGAGAUUAUGCACGCAAUGUGGAAGCCACAAAAGUUCAAGGCUAUAUAUUUGCUAGCAACCCUGUACGUGCUGACACUGACACUUCCGUCCGCUGCAGCUGUCUACUGGGCAUUUGGAGACAUGCUUCUCAACCACUCCAACGCCUUUUCUCUUCUCCCAAGAUCUCCCUGGAGAGACAUGGCUGUCAUCCUAAUGCUCAUCCAUCAGUUUAUAACCUUUGGGUUCGCAUGUACACCUCUGUACUUUGUAUGGGAGAAAGCAAUAGGAAUGCAUGAGUGCAAGAGCCUGUGCAAGAGGGCGGCGGCAAGGCUGCCGGUGGUCAUCCCCAUCUGGUUUUUGGCCAUCAUUUUCCCCUUCUUUGGCCCCAUCAACUCCACCGUUGGAUCCCUCCUCGUCAGCUUCACCGUCUACAUCAUCCCCGCCUUGGCCCACAUCUUCACCUUCAAAUCCGCCACCGCCCGUGAGGACCUUAAGGAUACUCAGCAACUACAUUGGCGCCGUCUGUGGGAAUCCGAACAAAAGUCAUCACCAAAAGCUAAGAUGGUACACACACGGGCUACCCAACGUGAGAGUCCUCCCCGAGGCCAAGGGAGAGGCCAGCCUCCAAGCGUUAACCCCAUGUCACAGAAUACACUAGUCGUAGCCCCCCAGCAUCAGCAGACAGAAGGAGUUGGGGAACAUAAGCCACAAUAUCCCAGCGCUGUACCAAGCGACCCUGUGACCGCUCAACUCAAUGCCAUGCAACAACAAUUCGGGGUCUUCCAGCUAGUACUUGCCCAGCUGUUAGCCAGAGAUAACCCCGCUGACCCACUCAUUCACUUAUUGAACCCAGCUCCUCCCGUGGCCCCCCAACCAGCUCAACAGCCCGCCAACUCCCCGGUCCGCAGUGCUGCCCCGAUCGCUUCCCAAGCACAGUCUCACAUACCACCCCAGCCACAAAACCCACCUCAACCAGCCGCCUCAGAUGUCUCAAGGAGGCUGGAUAACCUAGAAAAACUGUUGGCCGAGAACAAAAAUCCACAAUCACAAGUCCCGCCUAUACCAACCUCUAUCCCCACUCCCCUCAACACCAAAAUCACUCAAGAACCAUAUCCACCCGGUUUCAGGAUGCCGAUGUUUGAAACGUAUGACGGCACUAAAGACCCUGAUGACCACUUACAUGCAUUCUUCUCCAUCAUGCAGGCUCAAAACGCCUCGGACGCGCUCAUGUGCAAGAUGUUUCCCUCCACAUUGCGCGGCAAUGCCCGGACCUGGUAUCAUACCCUGCGUCCGAACUCGAUUAACACAUAUGCCGAGCUGGCCACCUUCUUUGCCACCAAAUUCUCUAGCAGAAGGGUGAUCAAAAAGACGACACCCGAGCUCAUGCGCAUAACACAACGAGAAGGCGAAUCCUUGAAGAACUACAUGAACAGGUUCAAUGACGCCAUGCUGGAAGUCAAUGCCUUCGAUGAGGCAGUGGGAGUAACUGCCGUGAUACAAGGCCUCAACCACGAUCGGUUUCGAGACAACUUGAUCAAGAACACCCCAACUACUUUCGACGAAGUCAACCAGAGAUCCCUUAAAUUCAUUAAGGCUGAGGAGUAUGUCCUCUCCAAACCCCAGCCCCCCAAAGAAGCUAGAGCCCCCACCUGGAGAGACGAAAGCCAGAGCAGAAAAAAAUUCAAACCUACACAGAACCGAGGACCAAUUCCGGUUCCUAAGCUAGAUAGGCCCACCUCCAGCACCCCGCAGACGCGGCCCAUGCCGCCCUCGUGGACCUCCUUCACAAUUCCGAGGUCGCAAAUUCUCAUGCAGAUUAAGAAUAAGAUGGAGAUGAGGAGACCACACCCCAUACAAAGCCCAGCGGCAAGCAGAGACCACACCAGAUACUGUGACUUUCAUCAAGACCACGGACAUACCACGGAAGAGUGCAAAAGUUUGAAGUCCGAACUGGAAAGUUUGGCCCGAAAGGGGAUGUUGAAUGAGUACAUCCAGAACAGAAAUUUGCCAAAGUUUGUCAAAGAACAAGGACAAGCCCAGGGGUCCCGAGCACCAAACAACAGGGAUGGGGUAGGAUACCAACAAACACCGCCACCUCUGCCACCCCCAUCUAGAGUCAUUCACAUGAUAACUGGCGGGCCCGAGGCAGGAGGCACAAGCUCCAAACAGCAGAAGCUGUACGUGAGGGAGGGGGUUGUUACGCCCCAUAACGACCCAUUAGUCACCUCGGUCAUCAUCAACAACUGCGAGGUCCAGCGAGUGCUCAUCGACACCGGCAGUGCCCCAGACAUAAUGUAUUACCAUUGCUUUGAGAGCCUCGGACUCGACCCGGCCCUCCUACAAAAGUACGACGGGCCCAUUUACGGGUUCAACAAUCAGCCGGUACCUGUGGAAGGAGUGCUGCGGCUCAAUGUGGCGUUCGGCUCUGGACGGACGUACGUAACACCUACAGUCAGAUUUCUAGUAGUAAAGAUGCCUUCAUCUUUCAAUCUCGUCAUCGGGAGGCCGACUUUGACCGAGAUUCGGGCUAUAGUGUCCCCGCCCCACCUCUGCAUGAAAUUCCCUACCCCAAUGGGGAUAGCAACCCUAAGAGGCAACCAAGAGGCGGCCAGGCACUGCUACAUGACCUCCGUCGCGAGGUCACGAAGAAAUAAGGAGGUACUCCCACCACCAGAGGCACCCCAACCAGAGGCCCCGAAUACCCAACAGGUAAUGGGCGUAGAGCUACCAGACAACAGACCAGAGGACGACCCAAGAGCCACCCCGGUCGAAGAGGUCGAAGAGGUGCAACUUGAUGAUAAUGACCCAUCCAAGAAGACUCAGAUAGGCACGAAGCUGACUCCUACAGAAAAAGAAGAACUUGUGGGUUUCCUAAAAGUCAACAAGGAUGUGUUUGCAUGGACUUCGGCUGAUAUGCCUGGAAUCCCAACUUCUGUGGCAGUGCACAAACUCACCACUAAUCCUUUGAGGAAGCCAGUAGCACAGAAGAGACGGCUUUUCGGGGGAGAAAGACUCGCGGCCAUUAAAGAAGAAGUGAAGAAUCUCUUACAAGCAGGGUUCAUCAGGAGAGUAGAUUACUGCGAAUGGAUUGCCAACCCGGUCAUGGUAAAAAAGUCAAACGGGAAGUGGCGCAUGUGCAUCGAUUACACCAACCUCAACGACGCCUGCCCCAAAGACUAUCAUCCCAUGCCGAGCAUAGACAAGCUGGUGGAGGCCGCCUCAGGGAAUGAGAGGUUAAGCCUCCUGGAUGCUUACUCGGGGUAUCAUCAAGUACGCAUGGCACCCGAGGACGAGGUGAAAACCUCAUUUUAUGCCGGGGAUGAAAUAUACUGUUAUGUCAUGAUGCCGUUUGGGCUCAAGAAUGCAGGGGCAACAUACCAGAAAAUGGUUACAAUUGUGUUUCGGGCUCAAAUCGGUAGAAACCUGGAGGUCUACGUAGAUGACAUUGUUGUCAAAAGUUCUCGAGCAGAAGACCACUUGACCGACCUAGCCGAGACGUUCAACAACCUUAGAAGGUACGGUAUGAAGUUGAAUCCAGCAAAGUGCACUUUCGGCGUUGAAUCAGGCAAGUUUCUGGGGUUCAUGGUUUCCAGGAGGGGAAUAGAGGUCAACCCUGAGAAGAUAAAGGCAAUAGAAGAAAUGAAACCGCCGAGGUCAACCAAGGACGUGCAACGCCUGGCAGGGAGAGUAGCAGCACUGCACAAAUUUAUCUCCAAAUCAGCAGACAAGUGUUUGCCCUUCUUUAAAGUCUUGAGAACUGCAGCUCAGAAGGACGAAGCGGGAAAACCCCAGAAGUUCAACUGGACGACGGAAUGCCAGGUGGCUUUUGACGAGCUCAAGGCCUACCUCAGCUCGCCGCCUUUGCUGACCAAGGCUCAGGAAGGUGAAAUCCUUUAUCUCUACCUCGGAAUAUCUGAUACUGCCGUCAGUUCUGUCUUGGUCAGGGAAAUGGGGAAGCAACAGCAACCAGUGUACUAUGCCAGUAAGGUGCUGCAGGGAGCCGAGCAGAGAUACUCAAUAGCAGAAAAAGCAGCCCUAGCAGUUGUUGUUACCGCAAGGAAAUUGAGGCCAUAUUUCCAAUCCCAUUCUAUUAUUGUGAUGACUGACCAGCCUUUAAGACAAAUUUUGCAGAAACCAGAAUGCUCCGGGAGGCUCAUCAAAUGGGCAGUAGAGCUAGGAGAGUUUCAGAUAGCAUUCCAGCAGAGAUCGACAAUCCGAGCUCAAGCUUUGGCAGAUUUCGUAGUCGAAUGCACUUCUAAUCAGGUAGAGCCAAAUUCCGAGGCAGAAACAUGGACCCUGUAUGUCGACGGAUCAUCUAAUAACAAGGGCUCAGGAGCUGGAGUAGUGUUAACUGGACCUGACGGCUUCCGGAGCGAACACGCUUUGAAGUUCAACUUCCAGGCCACAAACAACGUGGCCGAAUAUGAAGCCCUCCUCCUGGGAUUACGUCUGGCGGCCGAGCUCAAAGUCAAACGCCUGCAGAUUUACAGUGACUCGCAACUGGUAGUUAACCAAAUCAAUUCUAUGUGCGAAGUCAUUGAUCCCGUCCUGGCGAGAUAUGUGGCCGCAGUCUCCAACCUGAGAAACCAUUUUGAGAAAUUCCAGCUUACCCAAAUCCCGAGAGAGGAAAACGAGCAUGCAGACUCCUUGUCGAAAUUGGCAUCCAAAAACUCAAGGGAAGCAAAAUCUGUGUAUAUCGAGAUACUGAAUGAACCGAGCUUUCAGACGUCGGGGGUGAUGGAGGUUAGUAUCGACCUAGAUGCUCCGAGUUGGACAGACCCCAUCCGGGAAUACCUCCUCAAUGGUACCGUCCCGGGGGACAAACAAGAAGAGAUGAAGUUACGAAGAAAAGCCUCUCGGUACACCCUGGUUGGCGACAUCCUAUACAAAAGGUCUUAUUCGUUACCACUCCUCAGAUGCCUGACACCAUAUGAAGCAGAGUAUGCGCUAAGAGAAGUGCACGAGGGGGUAUGCGGUAAUCACGUGGGAGCCCGGACUCUGGCACACAAGGUACUUCGGCAAGGGUACUAUUGGCCUAACAUGCAAGAAGACGCAAAGAAGUUCGUACAGAGGUGCCAGAAAUGUCAGUUCUUCGCCCAUCUCACCCACCAGCCAGCCGAAGAACUCACUAGCUUGACUGCGCCAUGGCCCUUUGCUCAAUGGGGAAUAGACCUUCUGGGCCCCUUCGUCAAAGCAGUAGGGGGAGCAACACAUUUGGUGGUCGCUGUUGAUUACUUUACCAAAUGGGUAGAAGCCAAACCUCUCUCUUGUCUAACUUCGAGGAGAAUCGAAGAUUUCCUCUUCACCUCGGUCAUCUGCAGAUAUGGGAUACCAAACCGAAUCAUCGCCGAUAACGGUCCCCAGUUCAAUUGUAACUCCUUCAGGGACUUCUGCUCAAGCUACGGAAUUAAGUUGGUGUUCACCUCCGUCUAUCACCCUGAGGCCAAUGGAAUGGUUGAAUCAGUCAACAAGGCCAUCUUGGAAGGAAUCAAGCCGAGGUUAGACCAGCUGAAAACAAAGUGGGUAGACAAACUCAACAACGUCCUGUGGGCUUACCGGACAACAAGCCGAACUGCCACAGGCGAAACGCCCUACCACUUAGCCUUCGGCACUGAGGCAGUCAUUCCUGUCGAAAUCGGUGUCCCAAGCCUAAGAAUCAGCCACUUUGAACCAGCUCAAAAUGAGCGUCUACUAAGGGAAAACCUUGAUUUCCUAGACGAAAAAAGCUGGGCUCACAGGGUUCGAAACCCGAUAUGGCAAGCUAGCACCAAACUGGGAAGGCCCUUACAUUGUAACCGAGGUCCCGCACCCCGGGGCAUACAUUCUCCAAGACGCCGAGGGCAAAAGGGUGCCUAGAGUUUGGAACGUCAACAACCUUAAAAAAUUC